GCCUGCCGUUACUACAGCGUUAUCCCGCUUUGUCAGGUGUAUAUAUUUCUGAAGGAGGCGGGUGGAAAUAAACUGCGCGAGAAAUCACAAUGUACAGGCAGCUAAUUAUAAAAAAUCUCUAAUUACCAUUAUGAAUAAUUUCUCCGGGGCUCAUGUUGAAAUUACGAAUUAUAAGGCGAGUAUGGUUGUAGGGUGAGAUAUUUCUGGAGAAGGCGUGUGGAAAUAAACUGCGUGAGAAAUGACAAUGUCCAAGUGGCUAAUUAAAAAUAAUAUCUAAUUACCAUUUUGAGUGUUUUUUUUAGGGCACAUGUAGAAAUUAUGAAUUAUAGGCAAGUAUAUUUGUUAGGCGAGUAAAGAUGUAUACUUCUUGGGAAGGCAGGUAGAAAUAAACUGCGUGAGAAAUCACAAUGUCCAGGUAGCUAAUUAAAAAGAAUCUCUAAUUACCAUUUUGAAUAUUUUCUUUAGGGCAGAUGUUGAAAUUACGAAUUAUAAGGCGAGUAUAGUUAAGUCGUGUCUAGUUAAUAUUCGUCCCCGAAAUCUCUUAAAGGAUGCAUGCAUGGCGGUCCAGUAAACGUCAUACUUGGCCCACUAUCAAAGCUGGGGAGAAAAAAAAAAAAAAGAAUGUGUUGCUCAGCCGCAGUUGAAUGAAGCAGGACGUUGUAUUGGACGAGUCACGAGUGUAACGUACGUCUAAUUUACACUAUACUUUGCACCAAUGAAGGGGCGUGUGUAUGAAUUAAGGCUCCCUAACGAAUGACUUGAAUGCACAGGAAAAUGCCUAAUAUCAACCUUUCUAGCGUUUUCGUUUCUGCAGCUGCUGCUUAGAAAACGUGAGUUAGUAUCAGCACUCGGCAACGGGCUUGUGAACGGCUGAACUUGACUCCACGCGCACGGCAGCCUGGCCUUGACCUGGCGUCGUUUGUGCCGACUAGUCCUUUUAAAGAUGGCGGCGCUGUGGCAAAUACUGGUGGCGCCACAAAAAAGUUCUCUUUCAAAAAUAAGUGUAUUGCUCACAGAAAUGACGUGUACGUAUUUAUUUUAACAUAUAUUUACGUAAUUAUUGAUUAUUAACUAGCUUUCUAAAUAAACUUUUUAUUGAACGUUAUAAACAAGUUUUAAACAAUUAUUAGCAUAAGACGCCUACUAGUAUAAAGAAUAGCUCGUAAUAGCUUCAAGUUAAGCAUGAAAAAUGUGUUUUUUUUGCACUGACGAAGUGAUUGAAAAUUAUACUUUGGUAUACUUGACGUCUCGCGCAUUAUUUCGCCAGUUUUUUGUUAAUGCUGGCAACAUAAAAUAUAAAUUCCCAGAAUGCAUUGCAACACAUGGUCGCCAUUUUUGUUAAGAAGUGGGCUAGGCGAAGUAACACGACGGGACAGUCAGAGUGUUAGUUGCUGUCACGAAUUUUUAGCGCCUUGCACGGCGACUUCACUUUGUUUCUUGUGAAUGUCAAUAAUUAUAAUGGCUGUAAAGUUUAGAGUAUUUGGUCCGAGGUAGGAUUGGUAAACUAUCCACUCGGUGGUGAAAAAAAAAGACAGAAACACUCCCUCUGUCGGGAGGUAAUCAUGGCCGACAAAAUCUGUGGCGAUGGCAUUGGGAACAGUACUGGAAGAUUGUAUAACGCCGAAGUAGAUUUAAUAACACCAACUACAAUGUAUGGCAGCAGCCCCGGCGAACCGAGGACGUUGGUGCAAUCUGUGGAUGCCGUGGGUCCGAAAAAGAAGCCGACGUCGUUUCAAAUCACCAGCGUCACCGUGCAAGGGUCCCGGUUAAGCAACGACGGCGGUGACGAGAGUGCCGACGACUUGGACGAAAGCCACACAGAGGACCUGAGCUCCGACAUCCUGGAUUGUUCCAAGACGACCGACACGGAGCAGUUGUCACCAACGGAAGACAACACGCCGGCGAUAGCGCCGGCGCCGCCCGCCCCCACGGAGGCCGCUGCCGAGCCGGUGACGGCGGCGGUCAGUGCUGCGCCCAGCGAUCCUGUGCCGUCGGGCGGCCUGGCCGCGGUGACUGUGUCUCCGGCGGUGGUUACCGGCGCUGCGGGCACGUUAGCCAUAGUGACCGGCACGCCCGCGGCGCCCAGCACGACGGAGGGCCCCAUCAAUCCCGACCACUGGCAGCGGCGCUUCAAAGUGGUUAAGAUCGUCAGCUCUGAGCCGUUCGGCCGAGGACGCUGGCUAUGCAUGGACUUUGUCGACCCGCCUGCGAUGCAGGCCGAUGCCAAGGCCGGCGAAGAGCGCGACAGCGGCACCGCCGCCGCGGACCUGCCGCCGGCCGUGUCCAACGAGGCAGUGGCCCACGUGUACGAAAUUCCCGUCGGCCAGACGUACCCGGCCAACAGCCAACAGAGCGGGCCUCUGUACGGCAUCAUUCUGCCAGUGUCUGCGGGCGGUCAAGGGGCCUCUCCCUUAAGUGUGCUCCAGCCGAUCGCCGAGCAACAGCAGCCGCAGGCGGCAGCGGUGGCCGAGCAGCCUCCCGUAACGGCUGGCCCGCCGCAGCCGGCGGCGGUGGUGGCACCGGUGCCUGAACAACAACCGCAGCAUCAACAGCAGCCGCCGCCUGUUGCAGCCGACGCUGCUGCAGCCCAGGCCGUCGAGCCCAUUCCCGAGAACGCCACCAACAAGUCAGCCACGGAGGAAGACUCCGAGAGGUUUCCUGGCCGAGUGGCGAGGGUUCCCUCCCGGUUGCCCUUUGGCAAAGGUGGCCACAAGGCAAAGGUGCAUGAUUUGCUCCUCACGUCGGCUGGGAGCACGGUGGCAAUCGACAACAAAAUUGAGCAGGCCAUGGACUUAGUCAAGAGCCACCUCAUGUUUGCUGUGCGUGAGGAAGUGGACGUGCUCAAAGAAAAAAUAACGGAGCUGCUGGACCGGAUAGCGCAGCUGGAGUACGAAAAUGGUAUCCUGCGUGCCGGUGCUUCGCCAGAGACCUUGAGCCUGCUGGCUCAAUCUGCACAGCAAGCAGUGCCCGUGUCCCAGCCACAGUUGCCUCAGCCGCAGCAGACAAUAGCAGCAGUGGCGGCGGCGGUGGCCCAGCCGGUUGUGAUCCCUCCCCAGCCGGUUGUGGUGCCACCACAGCAGCAGCAGCAGGCCCCUGUUGCCUCAGUGCAACCUGUACCCAUGCAGCCAGCACCAGUGCAGCCGCAAAUUCCGCAGCUGGUUACUGUUGUCCAGCAGCCACAGCAGCUGACACAUCAGCAGCCACAACCACAGCCUUCACAACCUGUGCAGCUGCAGCACCAGCCCCAAUUACCGCAGCAGCAGCAACAACAAAAACAACCUUUGCAACAGCCACCACCCACGUAGCUUCCGUGUUAGUUGUACAUAGAACAGUUUAAUCGGGAAAGCACUGCUCGGUGGGACGAAAAGGGAUGCAAGACAAGGAAGGACCAGUGUGCUUCGUAUAUGAAGUGUCUUAGGUGUACAUAGACAAUGUGGCUUUCUUCCGUUUCUUUCUUUUUUUUUUUUUUCCACAAGUGAACUGGUGGGGUGGAAUAGUGACGACCGACCUGGUUAGCCGGUCUCUGUUGCCUUCUCUCUGGGAAGAAGUAUGAGGCGCUGUGAUGAAAAAAGUUCUGUGGCGUUCCUCUCUGUGCUCCCUUCCCCUGUCUCGCUGCAUUUUUUUUUUCCCUCAGCUUUGUCGUGCCUCUGUCUCUCAUGUGUUAAGGAAAACUAUAGUCGUCACUGUCCUUUCCGUGUUUUUCUUGACACGAAGUACUUUUUGCUCAUCUUGGUGGUGCCAGCACCCCUGAGUCAUUGCUUUAUUACAUUUUUUUUUUUUUUUACUUUGUCCUUUGUUGUUAUGUAAAGAAAAGCAAAGUCUGGUCACAUGCAGCUUGCGUCCCAAGUGUGUGGUAUAUAUAUAUAUACAUACAUAUAUGUUUGUGUGUGUGCCGAGUUGGCUUGAGACAAUUGAGAUGUCAGCAUGUUUUGGAAUGCUCACAGCAGUCAGUUACAUGUGGUGCGACUGAUUGGACUAACGUUUCUAGAUGAGUGACGGAAAAACUGAGACCGGCACCCUUUCUGGGAAAGGUGCGUGCAGGUUAGGCUUGUUGUAGCUUCUCAGUAAUAUAAGGACCGAAGAAAAAAAAAAAGCAUCCUGUUAAUGAGCAGUUCCUAUCCUCCUGUCGUUUUAGAAUCUUCUGACCCAACUGCAUAUAGUGUACUCAGCAUGGGUUGUGUCCAUUCCUUUCCCACCAAGUUUUGACAGAUGGAAUUCCUUGUUGAGCUUUCUGCGAGCUUUAGUCAAGUCGGCAAUUUCGCUUCAGUGUAAGAGACUAACGGGAAUGCACUUUUAGUGAGUUUUACUCUGUUUUUGGUUUAAUGUGCAGACUCGUUGAAGCAUUGAAAUCCCCUUCCCCACUUUUUUUUUUUUUUUUUUUUUUACAUUUGGAAAGCCUAGAUACUUUUUUUUUCCUACUGAUGUGUCUUUGACAUGGUAGCUCUUGUAAUGCCUGUAUAUAGGAUGCAAAAGCGAAUAAUUUAUAUGGCAUUUCUACUGCUGUAUUUGGGCAACUUUCUAUGCCUGGGUCAAUAAAGUGCAUAUUUUUGUUAGGGAUGAGACAAAAACAAUUGGCUAUGCUGGUAUACUUGGCUCUCCGAUUACUAUCAACAUAUAGGGUUAUCUGUUUGUACUGCUGUUUUACAUAUUUAUUAGUUUUAAUUAGCUGCUGCAGUUCUUCAACAAAAAACAAAAAAAAAUUAAAGUGCUUUGAAUAAUG